AUGUGGGUUCUACGGACAAGUGGGGCUCUGGCAUUAGUCUCAGAGGCUGGUAAAUUGGCCAUUUAUAGUGGAUUUUUUUCGUCUGUCGAGCAGACGAUCUGCCCACCUCCUCCGGAGAACUGGCCAGAUGGGCAAGUUUUGAAAAGAGGGAAUGCGACAGAUACUACCAGGAUUCGCCAUAAUUGGCCAGCAGGAUGUCAAUUUGAAGAACCUGUCGACAUAUUUGUUGAGCUUGAUGUGAUGGCCUUGGUUUCGGUUGCCAUCGCCAGGCUUGAGCCCCACCUUCGGCCACAGAUGACAUGCCUAGACUGGGCGACAGAACAGACUCAUUCAUGUUGCCGCGCUUGUGCCCUGACAGCAACAGCGUUUGUGCUUAAUGGCCCUAGUCUUGGCCUCAACGUCGCGGCAUCUGCGUUUCGAGGCCGUAGACUUUUCAACCUCGGCACCGCUUCUGCUCUGUUUCCUCUCAAUUCUACUAUCUCGCCUUUUUCUCUGGCCAUCACGUCCGUUUUUAAUAAGGUUUUCUUUUUAUCCUCCCUUUUUCUGACUUCUUAUUGCAUGGACACCUUGGCCACUGCUCUUGGUACCUCUGCCUCAUGCGGCCGAAGGCUGACCCGACAAGUAUAG